AAAAAAAAAGACUGUCGGGGCGUUAGCCAGCUAGCUAGCUAGCAUAUCCAACUAGCCGUAGUAGUAGCCGCAGCUAACAUUAGCAUUAGCAUCACACGACAAGGAUGAUAGCGCUAAUCAACAAACUGCUGGACUGGUUCAAGGCGCUCUUCUGGAAGGAGGAGAUGGAGCUGACCCUGGUGGGGCUGCAGUACUCCGGGAAAACGACCUUCGUCAAUGUGAUAGCGUCUGGGCAGUUCAGUGAAGACAUGAUUCCUACAGUUGGAUUCAACAUGAGGAAGAUCACUAAGGGCAACGUCACCAUCAAGUUGUGGGAUAUUGGAGGUCAGCCUCGGUUCAGGAGCAUGUGGGAGCGUUACUGUCGAGGAGUCAGCGCUAUCGUUUACAUGGUGGACGCAGCAGACCCGGAGAAAAUCGAAGCCUCCAAGAACGAACUCCACAACCUGCUGGACAAACCGCAGCUGCAAGGAAUUCCUGUUUUGGUUCUGGGCAAUAAGAGAGACCUACCAGGAGCUCUGGAUGAGAAGGAGCUCAUAGAGAGGAUGAACCUGUCAGCCAUCCAGGACAGAGAGAUCUGCUGCUACUCCAUCUCCUGCAAGGAGAAAGACAACAUCGACAUCACUCUCCAGUGGUUGAUCCAACACUCCAGGACUAAGAGGAGUUCCUGAGAACAAGCAAGCCCCCAGCCGAACUGGCCCGGCCCACCCACCCUAACACAUCUUCUCUCUUUGAUAAUCCCCACCUCCACCAUCCCACCUACCCCACCCUUACAUUAAUACCUCCCAACUCCCAGUUUCCCUCACCCCUCCACCUCAGGAUGCAUUGAUACCUCUGGGUUUUUGUGUUUUUUGUAUUGAAGUAUUGAGUGAAGUAUCAAGCUGUGACACCCAGAAGCAGGCGGAACACGUCAGAAACCAAAGCAAAACCUCCUGAUCAUCUGUCUGUUUCCUCAUGUAGACGAACACGUUCAAUCUCCAUCAGUUCAUGUCAGGGUUGAAGAAUCUCCAGUGAUUUUAAAAUUACUACAUGCCUGAAAAAAGUAACUCUCUUCCUGGGACUCCCAGGCUUUUUCUCACCAUAAAUGAAAUGCAAUUCAUUUUUGUUUAUGUGGUGGUUGAACAGUAAUUCCUCUUCAUAUAUUGAGAUGGAAAAAACGCAGCGACAGCCAUACAGAAUCAUCUUAUCAUGUUCUCUAACAUUGUGAGUUUUAGUACGUCUUACCGUUUGGGCUUCAGGUGGUCCCGCGGCCAAACGGAGCUUUUCACAUCCAUGUGACCGCGAGGGUUCGUGUGAUAUGAACUUUCAUCAUCUGCCCAUUUCUUUGAGGGUCAGCAGACCGUUCGCUUGCAGCUCAAAGUUUCUGACUGCGUGACUGUAUGAAUGGACUAUAUGUGCUGAGAAAUAUGUGUGAACACAUGCAAGUGUGCAGACACCCGGAGUAGUGUAAACAUACAGUGACUGCAAUCUAUUUGGACUCUAUCUGGCUGAAGUGGCAGAGAGAAAAUGUGUUACAUGCAGCCGUGCCGGUGUGCUGGUUCUGAGGUUUGAGGACCUUUGUUGAACAUUUAGUUGUAAUGUUCGGGUGAUUGUCCACACCUGUCGGGUGCCACUGCGUCCCGCAGAUUUGAUUAAACCACUUGUUGAACCGCCUGCACAGUUUUUAUUUACAGAUUUUGCACUCAGCUGUGUCUGGACUUACGUUUCCACGGCUGAACAGUAAGCUGCUAUUUUAGCAUGAAAAGUCGGCGGAAGAAACCUCUGCAGCCACGUUAUUGAAAUACUAAUAACAGUAAUACUAGUGAAAAGGUGACAUUUAUAUCUGUGACAGUUCCAUCGAAGUGUUAAUGAGGUUUCUCUGUUUCAGUGCAUACAAUAAUCUGCGGUGCACCAGCACACAAGUGCACAUGCUGAAAAACUCCUGAAGGUAUUUUUCCUGGGAAGCAGGAGCAGACUUUGAUGGGAAUUCGCAGCAAAUACCAGGACAUCAAUUAACAGUAUUUAGCCUGAGUUCAUAUCAGUGACCCUGAAUUAACGGCUGACAUAUGCUUUUCUGCUGGGCUGUUUCACAGGUUACAGCACUGACACCCAGUGGCAAAUGGAAUUUAUUUAUACAAUAGUUAAUGUGUUUGUUCAACCAAAUUAAAGAAGGAAAAAUUGGUAACGGGGAGUUUUUCCUCACUAGAAAAUUCUCCCUAAAAAUCUGCGGUUUAUCCAGAGUAACCAGAACACUAUUCCUGUAAAGAAGCUUUUUAAAGUGGAAUUUUUCAACGCUGUGAUCGGCACAAACUAAAUUCCAAUUAAUUCCAUUUACCUAGUUUGUAUCUAGCUGAAGACAGACAUCUGAAAACCUGGAGGAAUAAAACCAGAACCGUCUGCACGGAUCGAGACUGUCAGACGAAAGAGAGAAGAUGUGUUUAUUUGUUAAUUUGGGUCAGCAGUUGUUUUUUUUUUUUUUAAACUUUCAGUCUGUAUCACUUAAAAACAUCCACCAGUCACAUCGGUGUUUUAUACUGGCAACAGAAAAGUGGUAUCAGUGCAUCUUUACAGAUCCACACAUCAACCUCCAUUAUAAUCUGUGUUUUUAAAUUGGUGGGGAUCCUAAACUAAACGUCUCUUUGUUUGUUUGUCAUCAAAUUGUCAGCCAUUUUGACUUUGAAUCACCAUAACUGUCAAAAAGGGGACAAACGGAUUUCUUUUUUUUCUUAAUUUAUUGUAAUGGUCAUAAAAUCCCACAUUUAGCAUUAGCCAGUUAGCUGGAGCCUGUUUUGUGGAUCUGUUUUCUCCCUCAGAUUUUCCCAUGAUCCUCCUCUCCCGAAACCCCACCUUCGUCAUCUUUUAGCCAGUAACCACAAAUCUGCCACCAUCAUUUCCCUGCUCCUCCUUUUCCGCCUGUUACUUUCCAGUCCUCCCUU